GCACCGCGUCGACAUCACGCCACCUCACGAACUGUUCGCGCCCCGCCUCCGUCCCGGCAUUCCGCCCGGCUGCGCGCCCGCCGUAGUUCCCCCGUUCCCUUAGUUAGCCGCGAGCCUUGACUUUGUAAACACGCGUACGCGCACGACUGCCGGGACGCCGCCGCUGUCCUAACAACGAUGUAUUGAUUACGUACUACACUGUAAUAUUAUUCAAUUAAUUAAAAGUCUUAUCUUCCAAACGGACUUUCACUAUAAGUGGCAACCCAACGUGGAGCUUUAAUAAAAAACAAGCGACGUAUUAGCUUUCAUCGAUGCUGUCGAAGUAUACAAAUCAUGCGUAAAUAUGAGCGACGAUGUCGCGCUGCGAGGUUUGCCCAUGUUAUUGACGGGGAUAGCCGCUACUUGGUGGCAAGGCGUCAAAGACAGCACCCCGACAUGGCAAGACGCAUUAGAAUCUCUAAAGCAGACCUUCGGGCCUAGGCUGCCCACGCACAGAAUCUUUAGAAUUAUUUUUGAACGCGAACAGCGGAUUAACGAGACUACAGAUUUAUUCGUCUGUCACAUCAGAGCAUUGUUCGCGCAACUUCCGCAACGUUCUCUCACGGAAGAAGUACAAUUAGACAUGACGUAUGGCUUGUUAAACAAAAGAAUACGCGAAAAGGUACCUCGUUCUAGUCUUACUUCGUUUGUAGAAUUAAUAGCGCAAGCGAGACGUGUAGAAGACAUCCUUAAUGAGUCUCGCCCAUCGGAUACAACGGUAGACGUUAAGCCGGCAUUAUCCAUGUUACCAUCGAGCAGUGCUCAGUCAUCGAUUACGCCGUCGUCAGUACCUAGUAGGCGACCGCAGUGCGCUUACUGUAAGCGCUAUGGUCAUCUCAAGGAGGCAUGUCAGAAAUUGGCGGGAAAGUCUUUUGAAGCCAAAGAGGGCGUAACAGAGAGGAAGGAACCGACAGUUACGUGUUUCGGGUGCGGUGCGCCAGGGCGUAUACGUUCGAACUGCCCGACAUGUAAAGAGAAGAAACCGGUAGAAACCGUAUCGAGUUCGUUCCAAUCAGUAUCCGCGUGUGAUAAAAUAGAUUCGCGAGUGCGUCCCGUGUUAAAAAUAGAAAUUUAUAGUGAAAUAGGUACAGUGCUUGUGGACACAGGUGAUAAGCACUCUAUAGGUAGUGUUAGCUUAAGAGCUCACUUAACCAAGUAUGGUCAUCAAUUUGAAAAUGUAUAUCUAGAACUUAAGUUUGCUGACGGACACAUGUGUGCGCAAAUUGUUGAAUUAGCACACGUGAGCGUAACAGUUCGAGGGGUACCGCGAGUUGUUGAUUUUAUUAUGCUUCCCGACGCGACUGAAAGUUUAUUAGGGAUGAAUUAUAUUCAGGAGUUUGGCGUGUUACUCGACUUUGAUCUCGAUACGUGGUCUGUGAGACAUGAUAGGACUCCUCAACCUAUCAUUUUUGAAACUCGCUCUUUUAAACCACUUCAUUGUUCGUCUGUGGGUCUUCGCAGUGACGAAGGUACCCAUCUGGUUUCAGAUGAACGACAGCAAUUAUCUGACCUCCUGAAUGUCUACGAGGACAUUUUUACUCCGGGGGGAGGACCUACUCAAUUUGCUGUUCACCGAAUCGAUACUGGAGAUGCCGCGCCAAUUGCUAGCCCGCCAUACAGGGUUAAUCCUGCGAAGGUUGAAGCAGUUAUGAAAAUGAAGCCUCCGACGAACCUGAAAGGGUUGAGGACAUUCUUGCAAACUUGCGCGUGGUUUUGCAAGUUUAUUCCGCAGUUUUCAGAUAUAGCGCGGCCCUUGUCGGACUUGACAAAGAAGAACCGACGUUGGCAAUGGGGGGAGGGAGAGCAACGAGCUUUCGAAGAGCUGAAGCUUCGGUUAACCACUAGCCCAAUUCUACGCCAGCCAAACUUUGAAGAGCCGUUUACUCUACGAACCGAUGCUAGCGGAUAUGCGUUAGGCGCCGUAUUGAUGCAGGGUGAAAACCCUAAGAACGAGCGUCCAAUACAGUACGCCAGCAGGUUGCUGACCCCUGCUGAGCGCAACUAUCAUACUACAGAGCGAGAAGCCCUUGCAGUUGUAUGGGCUUUGGAUAAAUUCCGCUCGUACAUAGAAGGAAGUCAUGUUAAGAUAGCUACUGACCAUCAACCGUUAAAGUGGCUUUUGACUCUGAAGACGCCUAGUGGUCGUCUGGCCAGGUGGGCCAUGAAAAUACAAUCGUACAAUCUGGACAUUGAGUAUAAUCCUGAAAAUGUAAAUGUCGUCGACGACACUCUUAGUCGUCAUGUUGAUGCUUCGGUGGAAGUGACCGAAGAAGCCGAAUCAUGUCGUAAAUGUCCUGUUAUUAGAGUUGAAAAUCAGGAAGAUAUUAGGAAAGCCGCUGGAGAUCAGCGAAGAAGAGACAACCUUAAAUAUAAAGAAGGAGAUCUAGUUCUCGUGGAGACCCACAGAGCCAGUAAUGCGGCAAAGGGAAUUACUAAUAAAUUUGUUCCAAGGAGAGAAGGUCCUUAUCAGGUCUCACAGGUUGUUAGUCCAACUACAUUUGUAGUUGUCGAUAGUACUGGUGCCAUUAGGGGCAAGUAUCAUGCCAGUGCUCUGACUCCGUACGUAGGAGAAUUGACCGCGAUCGAACAUGCGCGUCGACGAGGUCGUCUGGCCAAGUCACCGCCGGGUCGUGCUAGUGACUUGGGGGGGGGAGGUUAUAGCACCGCGUCGACAUCACGCCACCUCACGAACUGUUCGCGCCCCGCCUCCGUCCCGGCAUUCCGCCCGGCUGCGCGCCCGCCGUAGUUCCCCCGUUCCCUUAGUUAGCCGCGAGCCUUGACUUUGUAAACACGCGUACGCGCACGACUGCCGGGACGCCGCCGCUGUCCUAACAACGAUGUAUUGAUUACGUACUACACUGUAAUAUUAUUCAAUUAAUUAAAAGUCUUAUCUUCCAAACGGACU